CGAGGCAUGUCAGUGCUGUUUUCUCCGGAGUCUCCAUCUCUGUCGUCGCAGUUCGAUACUCUGCUUGGGCGAGUAUCACCCUGGCUGGUCGCCUUCCUGGUAUGGGCCUUCUUGGUGAGACCUCUGGCGCAGUGGCUUAAGAUAUGGGUGGCACUGAGGCCCAUACCGGGUCCAUGGGACGGCAUACCCUUUUGGUUCUCCGUAAAGGCCUACUGGACCACGCGGAAGACGAUAGGACUCAAGGACGCGACCGCCGGUUUCCUGACCAUUGUGAACGAGCUGACCCGACAGUACCAAUGGAAAACGUUCAAGGUGUAUCUUGGCCCGAUGCCCGUCGUGAUCAUACAUACUCCAGAUGCAGCUGAGACCCUGCUGACGAGCAAAGAGAACUUCCGGAAACCCUUCGUGUACAGGUUCCUGUCAAGCUGGCUGGGCCCACACAACCUGGUGACUGCUACCGGUGACAUAUGGCGAUUCAAGCGGCGUUUGUUCACGCCGGCAUUCCACUUUCGGGUGCUGGAGAACUACAUGUGCCACUUCAACGAGAAUGGCAACGUCCUCAUCAAGAAACUCGAAAAGCACAUCGACGAGAAGCCCAACGAGGCACUGGCAACCUUCCCGCUGAUGCAGCACCUGACUCUGGACAUCAUCGGCCGAGUUUCCAUGGGAACAGUCCUGGGCAUGCAGACUGACACAGGGAACCCCUUCGGGAAAAACCUCAACAGAUUGUCCUUUAUGAUCGUCUUGCGGGGCUUCAGGCCAUGGAUGUGGAUACAGCAAAUAUACGACCUCACGUACGAAGGAAAAGUUUUCAGGGAGACCCUUCUUGACAUGGAGAAAUUUAGCAUGUCGGUGAUGCAACAGCGUAAAGAGAAACUGCAAGAGAUGGAACUGAACAACGAAGCUGAUGGUGAUGGUGAGGCUAAUGGUGAUGAGCAAGAUGAGGAGGGCGAGGCUUACAGCAAACCCAUCGGAAAGGAGUCCAUCGUCCUCGACUACCUGCUGAAGAAGCAUCUCGAAGAGAGCAGUUAUACCAUCGACGAGGUCAAGAAGGACAUAGACACCAUAAUAUUCGGAGGAAAUGACACGACCACAUCUGCGAUGAGCUGGGCUUUCUACCUUCUGGGACUCCACCCGGACAAGCAGGCCAAGGUGCACGCAGAGUUGGACGAAGUGUUCGGCACCGACCGUGACCGCGACGUCACUAAGGCUGACGUCAACCAGCUCAAAUAUCUUGAGUGCUGCAUCAAGGAAACUCUUCGCCUGUUUCCUUCGAUACCACUCAUUGGACGCCACCUGGAAGAGGACUUGGUUAUUGACGGAUACCGAAUCCCGAAAGGUGCUAACGUCUACAUCAACCUGUUCAGUCUGCACCAGAACCCUAAGUACUUCAAGGACCCCCAAUCAUUCAUUCCCGAGAGGUUCCUGACCGAAGAGUUCACCGCACGCCACCCGUAUUCGUACCUACCUUUCUCUGGGGGCCCCAAGAAUUGCAUAGGCCAGCGAUUCGCCCUUCUGGAAUCCAAGGUGAUCAUGGCUAAACUAUUGCUCAAGUUCUCGGUCGAGUCGACGCGCCCGCUUGACCAAUUGCGAGUCAGCUACGAAGUCAUCGUGAAAGCCCGCGGAGGACUGCGCGUCUGGUUUCGGAGGCGCCCUCCGGUCAGCGACAAGUGGCAGGUGUCAUCAACCAUCAUGAUCGGCAGCGCAUUGAUUCUGGGCCGCUCGCCCACGCACACUCGCUUCCAAGUACUGUGCGCGCGAGUGAUCCUAGUGCUGGCAGUGUACCUUGUCUGGAAGCAUGUCGUGCGGCCCUGCAUCGCUUGGUUUAGGCAGUGGAAAGCACUGAGACCCAUUCCCGGACCCAGUGAUUUAAUACCUUUCUGGCAUACGGUGUCCGUAUAUUGGAGAUGGGCGGGCAGAGUUUCGUAUAAGGACGCUUCUACGGUGUUCUUUCAGAUAAUUUGCGACGUGUCUCAACAGUACAGGGGAACGACCUUCAAGGCCUACCUCGGGAUAACACCGGUUGUGAUAUUGCACACUCCAGACGCUGCUCAGACCCUGUUGACGAGCAAGACAAACCUACGUAAACCGGUGGUAUACAACUUCCUUGCAUCGUGGCUGGGAGACCACAAUAUCCUUACUGCCGUCGGCGACAGCUGGCGGUUCAAGCGGCGCCUCAUGACGCCGGCGUUCCACUUCAAAGUCCUCGAUGACUACAUCAGCUCCUUCAACUACAAUGGCACGCUGCUCGUGGAGCGGGUGGACAGGCUGACCGCAAAGCACCCGGGCGAACCUAUACCGGCAUUCCGCCUUUCCCAAAACUGCGCCCUGGAUGUGACCACCAAAGUCCUGAUGGGAGUCGACUUGGACUCGCAAUUGGACACAACAGAGCCGACAUUCGCCAACCAUUUUAACAUGUUGAUGUUCUUGAUCGGCGUACGCAUCUUUCGUCCCUGGAUGUGGCCCGACGCCUUGUACGAGCGGACAUACGAGGGUCGGCUAUACCAUAAAUCCAUUCGGGAGAUGGAAAAGUACACACUAGAGGUGUUGGAACGGCGCAAGGGAAAGCUGCAACAGAUCGCCGAAGAGUUGGGAAGCGUGCCGGGUGACUAUGGUGGGGAAGGAGACGACCGAGCACAGGACUCCGUCAUCGUGGACCGGUUUCUGAAGGCCCACCUGCAAGACAGCCGGUACAGCAUCGACGAGGUCAAGAAGGACAUCGACUCCUUACUGUUCGCGGGCACCGACACUACUACAUCGGCAGUUGGAUGGGCUUUCUACAUGUUAGGGUUGCAUCCUAAGGUGUUGGCAAGGGUCCACCAGGAGCUUGAUGAUAUAUUUGGCAGCGACACCGAGAGAGACAUCACAGGGGACGACCUCAAGAGGAUGAAAUACCUGGACAUCUGCUUCAAGGAAUCACUGCGGCUUUUUCCGCCUGCUCCAAUCAUCGGAAGAGUCUUGGACGAAGACUUGGUAGUAGACGGAUACAAAAUUCCUAAGGGGGUAACGUGCUUCGUCAACAUAUACAGUCUCCAUCGCAAUCCUGAGUGCUUCAAGGACCCGGACCUGUACAUACCGGAGCGUUUUCUGACGCCAGAAGUCCGAAAUCGCCAUCCAUUCAGCUACAUCCCGUUCUCUGGAGGCCCCAAAAACUGCCUAGGCCAACGUUUCGCGCUGCUGGAGGCCAAGACGCUUCUGGCGAAGGUUCUACGCAAGUACACGCUCGAGUCCACGAGGCCCGUAAGUGAGCUGAGGAUCACGUAUGAAGUGAUCCUCAAGGCGAGAGGAGGACUGCGCAUCUGGUUCCGAAAUCGGGCUCACGCUGACCGCGCGGCCAAACUUGCUGGUUUCGAAGAGACAGAAACAAACUAUGGAUUAUGAGAGGUGCUCUUACAGUGACGGUGCUCACAUGUAUAUAUUUUAAAUGUAACUGUCAAAGUUGUCCGGAUAUGUAUGUGUGCUGUGUGUUGUACCAUGUGUGACUUGUGUAUACGCGACGUGUGUCUUGCUAGUGCACACACAAGCCUUAAUUCAUCCGAAAGGACUGAAGAAGAAAAGCCUUCCGGGAUGAAGUUCCGUGGGCAAGAACCACGUCUUACUGCUACCUGUGCCUGCACGCCCUGUAUUUCAAGAAUACAUGGAAUGAAUUGUGCCCUGUUUUAUAUUGCGACAAGUGCGAAACGCACUUGUAAUGUAAACCCUGUGAUAAAAUAAAAUAAAGUGUUUUAUGAGUAAAAAUGUUGC